GUUGUCUUUUAAUUUUGAAUUAAAAUUGCAUUUUUGAUGCUAAAUUAUUAGUAAAGUUACAAAAUAGUUGGCCAUGAGUGAUGUGUUAAAAAACUCACAAGAGCGUUCGCGCAAACGCCGGCUGCUUUUGGCUCAAACGCUCGGCUUGUCCAGCGUGGAUGAGCUGAAGAAAGUGCUAGGCAAUGCCGAAGAAGAUGGCAACAAUUAUGCCGGCGCCGGCGGCAGUCGACAGCUAAAUGCAGCUGGUCAACGGGACGAAGAGGAGACAAGUGGGGGCGCAUCUUCGUCGUCAUCAUCGAAAAAGACGCCAAGUGAGAUUAUUUACAGGGAUUCCUCAACGUUCCUCAAGGGCACACAGUCUUCCAAUCCGCACAACGAUUAUUGCCAACAUUUUGUGGACACUGGACAAAGGCCACAGAAUUUCAUACGCGACGUGGGACUCGCCGAUCGUUUUGAGGAAUAUCCCAAGUUACGUGAACUUAUCAAGCUGAAGGACAAACUCAUCCAGGACACCGCUUCGGCACCCAUGUAUUUGAAGGCUGAUCUCAAAACGUUGGAUGUGAAAACUCUGGGCAGCAAAUUUGAUGUCAUCUUAAUUGAGCCGCCACUCGAGGAAUAUGCGCGUGCCGCGCCAGCUGUGGCUACUGUCGGAGGUGCACCGAGAGUCUUUUGGAACUGGGAUGACAUACUUAACUUGGAUGUGGGUGAAAUAGCCGCCCAUCGUUCUUUUGUGUUCCUUUGGUGUGGUUCCUCGGAGGGUUUGGACCAGGGUCGCAAUUGCUUGAAGAAGUGGGGCUUUCGUCGCUGCGAAGACAUCUGCUGGAUACGCACCAACAUUAACAAGCCGGGACAUUCAAAACAAGCGAUUCCCAAAGCGGUUUUCCAACGCACUAAGGAACACUGCCUGAUGGGCAUCAAGGGUACCGUUCGCCGCUCUAGUGAUGGUGACUUUAUCCAUGCUAAUGUGGACAUAGAUUUGAUCAUAUCGGAGGAGGAGGAAUUCGGUAGCUUUGAGAAACCCAUUGAAAUCUUUCACAUCAUUGAGCAUUUCUGCCUCGGACGUCGACGUUUGCAUUUGUUUGGUCGCGACUCAAGCAUUCGUCCAGGUUGGCUGACCGUUGGUCCUGAGCUGACCAAUUCCAACUUCAAUGCGGAGCUAUAUCAAACGUAUUUCGCCGAGGCACCGGCCACCGGUUGCACCAGCCGCAUCGAGCUGCUACGUCCCAAGAGUCCGCCGCCCAAUAGCAAAGUGUUGCGUGGUCGUGGACGCGGUUUUCCACGUGGUCGUGGCAGGCCUAGGUAG